AUAGAUAUAGAUCAUAGAUAUAAAUAUAUAUUGAUUGGGCGAGACUGAGGGAGUAAUUUGGGACAAAUUCGGGUUUAACAUGUACUUAUAAAAGGCGGUGAACAAAAAAAAUCCUUAUAAAAAUCCUCAGAAGUCUGUAGACGCAGCUUAACAGGCGGUAGGGCUGGAAGCUACAACCAGAUUGUUCCAUUAUCUUAGCUGAACUAAAUCAUGAGGCAUUCGGUAAAUCGGCCACCAACACCAGAUACACGGAAUGAUCAAGAAAAGGAGCCUACCCUUAAAGAAAUUAUCAACAUUAAGUUGAUUGAAAGUGGGGAGAAAGAACGGUUGAUGGAGCUAUUGAGGGAAAGGCUUGUUGAGUCUGGAUGGAAGGAUGAAAUGAAAUCUCUUUGUAGGGAAUAUAUAAAGAAGAAAGGACGGAACAAUGUAACCAUUGACGACCUUGUACAUGUGAUUACCCCGAAAGGCAGAGGUUCAAUUCCUGAUCCGAUCAAAGCUGAGUUGCUACAGAGAAUUCGUACCUUCCUUGUUUCUGCCGCUCUUUGAGUCAACAGCUUCAUGCAUUAAGAAGGUAGCAGUAUAGGUGAAUAUGUGGCCAUUAGGUUCGACUCAUUCAUCUUGGAGCAUCGCUUUUCUAGAUUAUGACCACAAUGAGGGAACCAGGAGCCAUAUGAAAAGAUGUGUUACUGGCAGUUUGCGUAUACCAAGUUUGAUAGAAUUGAAUAAAUUGCUACUUGGUGUAAUCUAUGUUGAAGGUCGAGGUUCGGAGUUAGACCACUGCACCGCCCUCACCUUUUAGUGUCUAAAUUAUCUUUAAGAAGCGUAAUUUUAUUGCACUACCUGCACAGUUGAAUCCCCCACCCCACCCCCCCACUUUUGUUUUUUUUGUUUGUGGUACUUUAUUGAUGUGUUGUACUGGGUAAUGGGAAUUGGUAAAGACCAGUUGGAUGCGUGUGUUC